AUGUCGAGCCCUAAGCGGCAGCGGGCGGUGCCUGAUCAGCCUGUGAAAGCGGGCCCCAACCAAGAGGUGCCCACGCAAGUUCAGCUCCCCGAGGGCCUCUUUGAAUUCCCGGCCUCCUAUCAGGAGCUCUUUGAGUUCUUCUGCACUCACAGCACAGUUCACGGCGCCAUCCGCUUGGUCUGUCCUGCCGAGAACAAGAUGAAGACGACCUUCUGGACGGUGCUCUUCUUGCUGACCGUGGCUGUUCUGUACUGGCAGUUUGGGGAGACCCUCCAGGGCUACUACAGCUACCCCGUGAACCUGAAGAUCAGUCUCUGUUCGGACAAACUGACGUUCCCCGCCAUCACGCUGUGUACCCUCAAGCCCCAAAGGUACAGCGCUAUCCAGGAGGAACUCAAGGAAUUGGAUCGCCUCGCCCACCAGGCAUUGAAAGACCUCUACGGCUUCAGGAAGGCCCAGGAGCACACCCCGCCGGAGCCCCGGUCUCCCCACGUCCUCCGCUUGGCUCGCCAUAUUCAGCGCCACCCGUUGCAACAUUUAACGGCUGAGGAUCCAAACAGCCUUGGGGGGAACGGCCACGAUGGGGGAGUGGGCUUCCUUCUGUGUAAUGAAACCAACGGAGACUGCUUCUACCAAACUUUCUCUUCUGGCAUCGAUGCUGUCCAGGAGUGGUACAGAUUCCAUUACAUCAAUCUCCUGGCACGGUUACCCAGUGACCAGGUGCUGGACGAAGACAGCGACGCAAACUUUAUCAUUUCCUGCCGCUUCAACAAGCAACCCUGCACCAAGGGCAAUUUCACCCAUUUUCGUCAUCCUACUUACGGGAAUUGCUACACGCUCAACGACAAGACUGGAAGCACACGAUGGACAUCUUCCAUGCCUGGAAUCCAACAUGGCCUCUCCCUGUUGCUGCGCACUGAGCAAAAUGACUCGAUACCACUGCUCUCUACGGGGUCCGGUGCUCGGGUGAUGGUGCACGACCAGAACGAACCUGCCUUCAUGGGGGAAGGAGGCUUCGAUGUGCGCCCCGGCAUGCAAACGUCCAUCACUGUGAGAAAGAAGGUGCUGGAACACCUCGGGGGUGCCUAUGGUCGCUGCUCAUGGAAUGGGAGUGACGUGCCCGUCAGAAACUUGUACACCUCCAAAUACACUGAACAGGCGUGCGUGCAAUCCUGCUUCCAGAACAUCAUGGUGGAACGUUGCGGCUGUGCCUAUUACUUCUACCCGCUUCCCUCAGGAGCAGAGUACUGCGACUAUGCCAAGCACGCGGCCUGGGGUGACUGCAUGGAAGCUCGGAAAGAGACAAACACUUUGCUUCCUUUUCAGGAAUGGGUGUUUCACGUACUGGCCCAGGCAAAGGAAAACAACGCGCCUCAAAGUUCAGUGGACCCCGUGCAGUUGGGCUCCCCGGCCAAGCUGGAGACCACGCCCUCAACAGAGGAUCAAAGGACUGAGCCAAAUAAAUUGGUGGCAGAAAGGGUUUUGAGAGAUGUCUGCUGGAACAUGGAAGGCCAGAACAGUAUCUCCAAAGUGCACAUCUUCUUUGACGAAUGGAGGUAUAAAGCCACCCAAGAGACUCCAGCAUUCACGGUCAAUAUGCUCAUUUCCCAGCUGGGAGCCCACUGGGGCCUCUGGUUCGGCUCUUCCGCCAUUUCCCUGAUGGAAGUGUUGGAGCUGAUGAUAGAUGUGGUUGCCGUCACUUGCAUCGUGUCCUUCGGUCUCUUCCACUGGACGUCGGCCCCCAGCGCCUCCGAGGCUGCCAUCUCCAGUUCUUGUUCACUUGGAGAUGCUGCCACACCCUGUGACCGUGGCGAGGCAGAAUGUCCAACAAAAACCUCUUCCCUGAAAGCCCCAAUUGUUGAUGCUGUCCUGGAACCCGGGAAUGGUGUUGAGGCCACCUUCUGCCUUAAGCACCAUAACCAAGAUGGGGUCACCAUUCCAGGGGAGUCUUCCGAUCUCUCUUCCCGGAGCUGCGAUUCCCACCAGCCCCAACCUGGGAGCUGCCAUGCUGGUGCCUCUCAGCCCCGAAAUACUCCUGUAUUCCACUCAAGUCUCCCCAUCCCUUGCAUCAUCAAGGAUUUCAUGGAUGUGGAACCAACUGGCAGGGACCGGGAUCUCGAGCUAGGGCUGUAG